AUGGCAAGGCUCCUUAACGUUUUUGGCGUAAUUUUAAAAUAUAAGAUUGAACUCGAGCUCAAAGAAGAAGAGCAAGUUCCAGAAGAAGAUACUGGAGCUCAAAUUGCCCCUAUCGUCAGACUUGAAGAGGUCGCCAUUACUACUGGUCAAGAAGAUGAAAAUGCUCUGCUUGAUCUAAAAGCAAAGCUUUACAAAUUUGAUAAAGAAGAAAAUCAAUGGAAAGAGAGAGGUUCUGGUACUGUCAAGUUUCUCAAGCGUAAAGUCAGUGGAAAGGUUCAAUUACUCAUUCGGCAAUCUAAGGCAUUGGAGAUCUGUGCUAAUCAUCUCUUUAUUGCUGGUAUGACGGUUCAAGAACAUGUUGGAAAUGAGAGGUCCUGCGUAUGGCAUGCUAGUGAUUAUGCUGAUGGAGAAUUGAAGGAGAUGUUCUGCAUCCGAUUUGCAUCUAUUGAAAAUAACAAAAACUUCAUGGAGAUGUUCCAAGAGAUUGCUGAAUCACAGCAGAAGCAGGAGGAGAAUAAAGAUGCAUAUGCCACUGCUGAAGCUCUUGAAAAGCUGAGUGUUGGAGGAGAGAAAAGUGAGGAGAAAGCAGUUGCUCCAGCUAAAGAAGCAGCUGCUCCAGCAGAGGAGACAAAAGCCGAGCUGAAAAAGGAUGAUAAGGAGAAGGGUGAAGAUUCUAGCGCUUGAUUUAUGGUAUAUUUCAAGGUCUGGUAUCUGUUCAUCAUUUUGCGCAAAUAUUUUGAUAGUCAUUAUUUUGGUCGGUAUUUAUUCAAGAGACCAAAUGGGUUGUUGUCUAGUUUGUUGAGUUAUGUCUUCUAUCUGGGUGUCGAGGGUUUUUAGUUGUUUUCAUUUUGGGUUCUUAGAUGAGGCUUCCAGUGCCUUCAUAUAUACUGUACUUGGUGCAAGUUGGGUGUGCUUUUGGCUGUACGCUGCUGAGUCUUGCAUUUACAGGAAUUUUCUACAAGAAAAAGCCUUUUUGUUAUAGUUGGCUCUUUUUUUGUUAUUCUAAUUCUAUUGGAUUGUUAAUAUUAGAAUGUUGUUGCACCACCGGUUAUUCCAAUUAUUAAUAAUACACCUAAUCAACCUGCAUUUGGGCUGUGUGAGCUAUGGGGGAAUUACAAAGCGAUUAGCAACGGAAGCAGUCUAAGGCUAGGUUUAGUAAUGACAUAAUAAUACCCGAUGCGUAUUAAGGUUUGAAUUCUCCUUUGGAUUAAAGAUGACAAUGAAGCAGAGGCGGCUUUAUAUGGAGCAUGGUUGUUUUUGGGUUAGAUUUUGUUCCUAGUUACCGGAGAUUGAAGAAGGGUGAGGGGGGAAUGCAUUUAUACCAGGUUGGUAGGAUUAUGUGCUAUGCCUGCUGUCAAUCCAAGUAACUGUAUCCGAUGCAUUUCUAACAAGAUUAAGAUAUGUAAAUCACACACAGAAAACAAAAUUGUGACUCCAAGCACGUUUCCUUAUAGUAUCAAAUCGUACCUUCAGCUUGGAUAUUAACCUGAGGAGUUGGUUGGUAUACGGAAAUCUAAACCGCACCUCGCUUCCAUUGGUGAGUGAUGAUGAAAUGGCAUUGUCUACCCUUGUCUUGUCUGAUGCAACGUGGGAGCACUACCUUACUAUUGAUGCUCACUUCCCCCACUUUCACCUUGAGGACAAGGUGAAUCUCUUUGUGGCGGGUAAUGUUAUGAUGCCAAGUCCAUCCACGGAGACCGCAAGGAAUAAAACAGAAGGGUUAUUGACUUAUAUUAGGCGUAAGAAAAAAGGAUGAGCUGGCAAAAUAUUUUCAUUGUAUUAGUUGAGCUGUUAUUUUUCUGUUUUAGUGCUUUGUAUAUUUUAUAUAUAGGGGCUGUUUUGUAUUUUUCAGUUUUAGGAAAUAACUGAAGUAAAUUCACUUAGGAGUUCUGGCCACUCAAAGGACCAGGUUGUAUUUUCCUUUCUUGAUAUUCAAUAACUCAGAAGCAUUAUUCAGUAUAUUUGCCUCUUGGUUCUUGUUCAGUGUAUCGGAGGUCACUGCCCAAGAUUUGUCUUGCUCUUGCAUAACAAGGUCUCAGUUACUGCAGUAUAGACUCUGCCUGCUUCUGUUUCAAUUUCUUUUUUUUUUUGUUUUCUUUUUUGUAGUCAGCAUAUGUUGAUAUGUUGUAUUCUCUUUGUUACUUAGGCAGGAGCAAUGAGAAUUCGUACUCCUGAGUUUUUGUUGUUUGAGCAUUGGCCAGGAUAGCUCUGCGAUUUGAAUGAUUCAUUGAAGUCUCUGAUGGAAUCUCAGUACUUUGAUUUGGUUUGUCCAAAUCUGAAAUAUGGGCACAUUCUGGGUGUUUGACAUCUGAUACUCAUCAAAAACUGUAGGAGGCAUAGCAUGUUUUAGGUUCUACAUGAUCCCCUAGUGUUAAAGAAUGAUUAUCCUAGUAAUUAAUCAUUUCAUAUGUCAGUAAACUGGACUUUUGUAUUCUAAUCUUGCGUUUAUCCUUGUUUUUCUUUGUCCCAGCCGGUGGAGCGGAUCACCAUCCUUUCUUCUUAUUACUAUGGUGAGGAUUAAUUUGAAAUCCUCCUUGCCGUCAUGUAUUUCCAUCCCUUUUUAUCAUAUAUGAUACGAUGCUUUUCUGCUAGAGGUAAAAAGUGAAACAUGUAAAGCGGAGAGAUCAAUUUUAAAAAGACGUCUUGCUGCUGCUUCUGUUGAAAUUUAAAGAUGGGUAAGCAGAAAGAACCCCUUAUCUAAUUCUGUCUUAUUUCAUUUUUAUUGUUAUGAUUGCUUACUAUCUUUAUUUUAUUGGCAGAGAACCCCUUAUCUAAUUCCCCUGACUGUUGAGAAUAUGAGGUCAAUGAUAUUUUGUUCCAUGUCUUUCAUAAUAUAUGUGAAAAGCAUUAAAAUUAUUUCUCUUUAUAUUAUGAAUCAUAAAACCGGCAUAAUAAAUGUUUUACUUCUAUUUGAUUGCUUAUGCGUGUUAAUCCAGUUUUGCACAUAUUACAACAUUUCAUUGCCCUAAUGUCGUAAACUAACACCACCUAGGUAGCUUGGGUGGGGUGGGGCGGAGCGGAGCGGAGCGGAAGGCUGGGAGUAAGUAGCCUUUUUCUUGUUAGUGAUGAUAAAGAUGUCUGAUCAACUUUUCGUAGCAAAACAUCGCCAUCAAGGCUGCAACUCCACAUAAAUUAGAAGUGCACAUUAUUUAGUGACUCAUUUGAAUAGUCUAGUUUUGCAUAUAUGACUUGCAAGAAUAUAUUUAUUUCUUAUUUUAAAAAAUAAAGAUUAGUCAUUUUGCAAAAGCUUUUAUUAUUUAUGUGCCAAGUAAUUUUUGUUUUGUUGAUUCUUCUAUCAUAGCAAGCUUUUGUUCGAUGUUCAGACAGGAGUCAUCUUAGCAAGUAAUGGAUCAAAACAAAUAAGCUUUCUCAAAAUCUGGUCAACAUAAUGAGAACGACUUUGCGAGAAGUCAUUAUUGGUUUCCUCUCCUUAAACUCUUGGAUCUCAUUGUAUUAUAGGCGUUAUCCACAAUCUCUAAGUUUGAAUCUGUUAAACGUAUCAUGGCUUUUUAAUUGUAAUUGAGAGUCCGCGACCAAAACUACAUUUUUGCACUAUGCUUGACGCCUACUUGAUUAUUUACUCGUGAAUGGUGCUAAAGGCAUCAUGAUUUUAAUGAUAGGUAUUUUGGUCAGACUUCAGAGUGGCAGACAAGUAAACCCUUUUUUGGUCAAACUCAAGCGUCAGGGUAUACUUUAAAUAUAUCAAGUCUAAAUUUUUUUGAAAUUUUUUUUGUAAUUAUGUCUUUAAAAAAACUUGUGUAAGACCUGGUGUGGUUUAUUAUGAUUAACUCGCACUUUAUUUCCCCAUUACCUAGCAUCUAUAACUUGUUGUCUUUGUCAUAAGUUUAGGGUCGUUCUUAUAAAAUUUAGAAGUAAAGACACUAUAUUAUCAUUAAAGAGCUGAAGAUAGCAAAUCACAUGAUCAUUAGAGUAAUUCACGUCAAACUCUCCAAAGGAAGUAUUCCCCUUUGAGUUGUCCCUUAUAUGUGGAAAAGCCUACACAGGGAAAUUAAAUGAGGAAAGCUCAAAUGGGAGGAGGGAGUAGUCAUAAAGUCUGGCCAUAGGAAGACUCUACCUAAUAUCUACUUUUAGGUUUGUUUUGUUCAACAUUAACGCAUGGACCUCCUGUAAAGAUAAAAACAUGUUUAGAUAAUUCUCCAUCUCCAAAAUGCUUCACACAAUGAAUAAGGAUAUAGUCUACAUGUGGAUGUGGGGUAUUAACUACCACUAUUCUAAUUCACAAGCAUAAUCAUUGAACACACAGCAAAAAUGCUCCCCCUUGAAGAAUAUAAAACUCAAACCACAGAAUUCGUCGUUUAAGGUAAUUUAAAACUUUAAUUCCCUCAUUUUUGGAUUACCCUUGGCAACUACAAGAUGAAUAAGCUGUGCAGAUAUUUUGAUGUAAUUUAUUUAUUCUGUAGUAGGAGUUGCAAAAUUUUGUAGUUCUUUGGUUCCAAAUUGUAUGAACUAUAGUAAAAUGUCUCAUAUAUGUUUAUUUACGUGAAGUCGCUAAAUGUAGUUUGCUAUCAAGGUAAUUGGAAGCGACCUCUUUGUAAUUUCAAGAGAAGGGUCUCGUGUAUCUAUACCUCUUUGUAAUUGAAAUGUUUCUUAAAUUUGUCCCCCGAACUCCGCCUAUUUCCUAAGCAAGAGUGGGUUAAUGACAUUGAGGUAAUGAAAUGUUGUUGCUACUUGCAACUUGUGGAAAGACAACUUGUUCCUAAUUGUGGGUUUUUGAAUCCGUUGCAUUUUACAUUGGAAAUAAUUACAUAUUUACUCCCUUCUGUUUUAUUUGACACACUAACAAGGCAUGAUUAUUAAGAAGCCCAUGUAGAGAGACAGAGAGAGAGAUAGAAAAGAGGGGCUCAUAUGAUGAGGAGAGGGAUAGAGAAAAAUUAUGCAAAACUAGAAAUACGGCAAAUAACCUAAAACAACCCAAAAAGGCGUUGCAAGACUUGCAACUGAAAAAAAUGGAGGGACUAUAAUAGGGGAAGAACAAAUUGUCCUAAAUUUAGGAAUGUCACGGCCUGAUGAGAUUUUCAGAAAUUUGACGAGGGAAGAAAGGUCUUGAACAGGCGUCAAAGAAGUGUUUCUUAAGCGGGUAGGCCUAUAGAAUAAAUGAAAAAUAGUCUCCUAGUGUUUGAUAGUUGAAGUUUAUAUAAAGUCCAAUUUGCUGAUGCAUAUAAUUCACUCGUCCUAAAUUCACUUUAUGCACCCUUUUGAUAUAACUUGAUAGUAGUACUUUCAUAAAGCAUGAGUCUACUGUUGAGGGUAUCUUUUCCAAUCACAUUUAAGAGAUUUUGUUGGACAGUCCUCGUUUUCUAUGUUCUCUCUGUCACAUAGUCAUGUAAUUAGGAUUACCCUUCUGGGCGCUUUGCAGGAGUGAAUCGAGGUCACUUCUACUGGACAUGUUGGAUCACUGCAGCUAUAAUAUACUUCUGCAAUUAUUGUGAAAUUGGCUGUGGAUUUUGGAUGAUUAAAAGUGUAAAAUGUGAAAACAUUGUUUUUCUAUUGAGGGUACUGCUGUACGUGAUGAAAACCAAACCCUUGUUACAAGGCUGAAAGCAAAAGCCUUGAUACUCGAUGUUGUCUCUUUAAAUCAGUGGAUGUAUUUUCUCUCGAGUUUUGGUACUAUACCUGUAAAGAUGCUGCCUUCAGGUUCCGAAACUGUGAUGGUCGACUGGUCGUCUUAUGUGUUACGUACUGUUACUUGACAUGCCACUGAUUCCAGUAUUAAAUAGUUGAAUGUUUGCAGUCAGAAUCUAGUAUAGUUGCUACUUCUACCGACUACCAUGCCCUUAUCUUUAACACUUUCCAUUCCUAGUCAAUAUAGUAUUUGUGUGGGGUAGGACAGCUUCAAUCUGUUAUGAUCAUUAUCAUCAAUCCUUGAUGUGUUCUCAUUUUCAAACUAGAUGUUCAAUGACAGUGUCUGAAUGCUAUAUCAGUCUCUUUACAAAGACUACAGCGUUUUCAUUCAUAUCGCUCAUAUAUCAUUGCUUAACUGGUUUGCCGUGCGUUUUCAGGGAAGAUUCAUACAGCAGAUACACUGCAGACUCGAUGAGUAUACAAAUCUAUGUCAAGUGGGAACUCAAAAUAAUUGUGAUUUGUAUGUGAAGGUGAGAUGGGAAACAGAGAUUGAAGAACACAAAUCUUCCUGAGAACCAAACAUGUCGUGAAAAGAUUCAACCGAAACAAGACAAGUAUAUAUGAUUUUUGCUCAAUUAUUUUGAGAUAUCAAUAUUGUUUCGAAAAGUAGACACAAUUACACUGAUCUUGAAUCAGAGAUAUAUUACCGUUUCAUUUUGUUUUGGUUGAUUUGUGGAUGAAGUCAACCAUGACUGUAUAACAUCACUGUUUUCUUCCCGUCUUGUUGUUGUCAUUAGCAGACAACUUCCACUGUAGCGGGACUAUCACUUUUUGUCUUCUUAUCGGUAAAGAUUGCCUGAUUUGAUACUCUUUUUGCUUCAUAUUUUGAUGUUUUAUUUUGUAGGGAAGUUUUCUGGUAAACAUUUGAAACACAUUUUGGUUUCGUUAUCCAGAUUUCUUUUCUAUGUUUUCCAUUGGUAUUGUGCAGGCAUGUCAUUAUACACAUUAUUCAUUGUUUAAUGUCCAGGCCUCCCUUGGUAUCCUUUGUGCUAGUGAUGGCAUUAGCCUGGUAUGUAUCGUGUUUUAUGUUGAACCUUGUGCUAGUGCCGACCUACUUGGAAGGCGAAAUUAGAAGAUAAAAAUAAAUGCCUAGAAAAUAUAUAUAUAUAAAGUGAGAUUAUCAUAGAUAUAAUUAUUGGUCGUUUUUUGUGUUAUUUCAUACAGCCGGCCUUCUGAGAGAUUGUCUUUCUGAGAUUAGGCUUAAUUCAUUAAAUCUUAAUGUCUGCUUAUUGUAUUUUUAAUACAUAUUUACAUUAUUUUUAACACCUUUUUAUUGUAUCCUUAAAUGCCUAUGUAUAGAAUCUUUAAUGCCUACUUAUAUUAUUUAUAAUGCCUAUUUUUUUAUAUUUUUUUAAUGUUUAUUUAUAUUAUCCUUAAUUU